GCCACUUCUCAUCUGAGGAUCUACUCAGCAUGCCUAAUAAACAAGAAGACUGCUAUUUUUUUUUCUAUUCUACAUGUACUAAAGGUGACAGCUGUCCAUUCCGUCACUGUGAAGCUGCAUUAGGAAGUGAAACAGUUUGCACAUUAUGGCAGGAAGGGCGCUGUUUUCGACAGGUGUGCAGGUUUCGGCACAUGAAUAUUGAUAAAAAACGCAGUGAGAUUCCUUGUUACUGGGAAAAUCAGCCAGUGGGAUGUCAGAAACUAAACUGUGCUUUUCAUCACAACAAAGGACGUUUUGUUGAUGGCCUUUUCCUACCUCCAAGCAAAACUGUGUUGCCCACUGUGCCUGAGUCUCCAGAAGAGGAAGUGAAGGCUAGCCAGCUCACAGUUCAACAGAGCAAAUUAUCUGUCCAGUCUAAUCCCUCUCCUCAACUGCGAAGUGUUAUGAAAGUGGAAAGUUCAGAAAAUGUUCCUAGCCCUACACAUCCACCAGUGGUAAUCAAUGCUGCAGAUGAUGAUGAAGAUGAUGAUGAUCAGUGUUCUGAGGAAGGUGAUGAAACCAAAACACCUACCCUGCAACCAACUCCUGAAGUUCAUAAUGGAUUACGAGUGGCUUCUGCCCGGAAACCUGGGGUCAAUUUAAAACAAGGUGAAUGUUUGAAUUUUGGGAUAAAAACUCUUGAAGAAAUUAAAUCAAAGAAAAUGAAGGAAAAAUCAAAGAAGCAAGGUGAAGGUUCUUCGGGAGUUUCCAGUCCUUUACUCCAACCACAGCCCAUUCCAGGUCCUGAAAAAGAGAAUGUCCGGACUGUGGUGAGGACAGUAACUCUGUCCAACAAACAAGGAGAAGAACCUUUGGUAGGAUUGAGUCUAACCGAGAAACUGGGGAAACGAAAAUUUUCAGGAGGUUGCGACCGUGAGCCUACAUUAAAGCAUAGCCUUGCACAAAGGCUAGGGAAGAAAGUUGAAGCUCCAGAGACUAACACUGACACACCACCAAAGAAAGUUCAAGUUUCCAAGUCUCUGAAGGAGCGAUUAGGCAUGUCAGCUGGUCUCAACAAUGAGGAGGCAGCAGAGAGAGUUACUAAAGUUGGUGAGAUCCACGUGAAGACAUUAGAAGAAAUUCGUCGCGAAAGAGCCAGUCGAAAACGUGGAGAAUUGCAAACUAAACUCAAGACAGAAGGACCUUCAAAAGUUGAUGAUUCUACAACAGGAACAAGAACCUCCUCCACUAUCCGAAUCAAAACGUUCUCUGAGGUCUUGGCUGAAAAGAAACACCGGCAGCAGGAAGCAGAGAGACAAAAAACCAAAAAGGACGUAACCUGCAUCAAGCUAAAGACUGAAUAUGAAAUUAAAAAACCAGUGGUUUUGCCACGUGUAGUAGCCGGCAGAGGACAGUCAGAGGAACCUGCAGGUAGAGCGAAGUCUUUGCAGGAAGUGCAUGUCAAGACGCUGGAGGAAAUUAAACUGGAGAAGGCUCUGAGGGUGCAGCAGAGUUCUAAGAGCAGCACCAGCUCCCAGCCUCAGCCUGAGGCCACCCCAGGGGCAAGACGGCUUCUCCCGAUCACUACAAAAACAGGUAUAAAAGAAAAGAGGAAACUUGAAGAAAGUGUUGUUGCUUCUCAGAUCAGUGUUACUAGAACAGAGCCUAAAGAGACUUCAGAUGAGACCACAGCAAUUGAAAUCAGUAUAAUUCAAGCCAAGAGACGUGAGACAGUGAGAGAAAAGCAUGUGCAGAAACUGUCGGAGAAGGGAACCUCACAGAAGGAAAAAUCAGUUUUGACACUCCUUCCGGGAGAUUUAGACACUUGCAGUACCCAGUUAGCAGAGAAACCAGUGCUCGCUACCGUGCCAGACAUCACACAGCUCCUGACUAAAUGGCCUCCUUCAAAGUUAUCCCAGAAGACAGAGGUAGAAACCUCAGGGAUUGGGCACUCAAAACGGAAUGUGAAAGGUGCAACACAGACCUUGGAAAAAAGGGGCAAAGCUAAAACUAAAGUGAAUGUGAAGCCAUCUGUGGUUCAAGUUGUCUCAUCACCCAGAGUGGCCCCAAAACGCAAGGCAGUGGAGGUCCACUCUUCUGUCACUGCAGCUGUGAAAAUACUCACCUCCAGCAGCGUCCUGCAGGAAAGCCCAGCCAAAAAAGCAGCUAUGGGUGUUGUCCCACUUCUCUCUGAAGACAAAUCAGUCACUGUGCCUGAGACAGAAAAACCUAGAGACAGUUUUGUGCUGCCUCCAACCCAGUGCUCUUCAGAUCCUUCCCCACCAGAAGUAUCUGGCCCUUCUUCAUCCCAGGUGGCCGCAAAAACUCGCCGACUCAGCGCUGCCUCAACAGGAAAGCCACCAUUCCCUAUGGAGGAUGAUUUUGAGAAAUUAAUAUGGGAGAUUUCAGGAGGCAAAUUAGAAGCUGAGAUUGACCUGGAUCCUGGGAAGGAUGAAGAUGACCUUCUGCUUGAGCUAUCAGAAAUGAUUGAUAGCUGAAGGUGGUAGUAGAACAUUUAAAACAAAAACACACAAAAAAGACUCACCAAAAACUGGACUUUGUUUCAUCUAUUAUAACAUUUA